GUAUUAGACCACAGUCAUUUGUUACUCAGACGCUCAGAGAGCAUGACUUACAUUCACACAUCAAGACUACAUUUUGGGCUUUUGUUCUUAAUUCUGACCUUUCUACGAUGCUGCUCAGCAGGUGAUCCGAGUGUACAGUGUAAAAUCAUCAACCUUCAGUAUGUGGAGUGCUUCUGGCACCCAAACACACCAACAAUGAACUAUACCUUCAGCAGUGCAUUUAAAAACAAUCAAUCUGUCGAAGACUGUCGAGAAUACAUAAUGGAGCACAAUUACACUGAAGGCUGCAGAAUUCCUCUUCGAGACGCUGAUAACAAGUUUGAUCGAUUUUAUACGAAAGUAUCCAGUGACGGAAGCCACAUUGUUUCAAAAACCUUUGAAUCGCUCAAAAGAAAAGUGCAGCUAAACCCUCCCUGUAACCUCUCAGUGAUGUGGAAUGAGCAGGACAGCACACUUUUACUGCAGUGGAACAGUAGUUACCCCGGCAAAACUAAAUGUGUUGUCUAUAUGGUGCGCAACCAGAAAGACACAAGCCAGUCCUCAAACGUGACAGGUACGUCAUACACUCUGUCUCAGGUCUCACAGAACAAGCACUAUGUUUUCCAAGUGCGGAGCACAGUUGCUGAAGCCUGUGGUGGUUCAGAUUUCUGGAGUAACUGGAGUGUUCCGGUGGAGUGGGGCAGCACGGGGAACAGCAGCAGACAAGACUGGUCGUAUGUUAUUGUUCCAGUCCUUUUGCUGUUUCUCCUGUGUUUUUUGUUGUGUUAUUGUGAGAGGAAAAACAUCUUUCUUCCGGUUGUGCCUGACCCUAGCAAAAACCUACAGGAUUUGUUUCAUAAACAUGAUGGAAAUGUUGAGAGCUGGGUUCACAUCUCCAGAGAGCUGAAGGAAGCUUUUGAGCCUGACUACACAGAGCAGUCCUGUGAUGUGUGUGAGGUUACACCUUCUUGUGACACCUGUCCUGCUUCUCAAACCGACAACUGUGAUGAACCAAACACUGAAAAAAAGCACGCAGAUGAAGCAAGCAAUGAAGGAGAGCAUGCAGAUGAAGCAAGCAAUGAAGGGGAGCAUGCAGAUGAACCAAGCAAAGAAAAACAGCAUGCAGAUGAAUCAAGCAAUGAAGGAGAGCAUGCAGAUGAACCAAACAAAGAAAAAGAGCAUGCAGAAGAACCAAGCAAUGAAGGAGAGCAUGCAGAUGAACCAAACAAAGAAAAAGAGCAUGCAGAAGAACCAAGCAAUGAAGGAGAGCAUGCAGGACAGCAGAGCUUAUAAGCCAAAGUGCCACUAACCAUUCACCUGCACUGUCAUCUAAUUCUUACUGAACAUUUUAAUGUUUUCUUUUGCACGUUUAUUUUACCUCAUUCAUUUUUAAUUGUAUGCAGAGUUUAUGUAUAAUAAGGAUGAAAAAAAUAAUUGUUGACAUUUCUAAAUCAAUAUUACAGUGUACCCAAAGGUUUAGGGUUGUUAUGUUGACCAAGGCUGCUUUUAUUUGAACAGAAUACAGUAGAAAAUGGUAAUAUUGUAAAAUACAAUUACAUUUUUCUUUCUGAAUAAAUUAUCAAAUGUAAUGCCAAAGCUGAAUUUUUAUGCAUCAUUGUUUGGCUUAGUAAAGGUGCAUCUCAACAAAUUUAAUAUCAUGGAAAAGGUCUUUAAUUUUUGUCAUUUAAUUAAAAAAAAAUCUUAUAUUCAAGAUUCAUUGUAUACAAACAGAAAUAUUUCAAGAGUUUUUUUUUAUUUUUUUAUUCUGAUCAUUACGACUUACAGCUUAGGAAAUUUUAAAAUACAGUAUCUCAAAAAAAUUUAAUAUUCCAUUUACAGCUUUAUUAGUUUAAUUUUGAGUAUAAAUACUGGGUACGUCUUUCAAAAUUAUAGGAAAGACUACUGACUUGGCAAUGGUCCAGAAGACAAUCAUCAACACCAUCACCCAAGGAGGUUAAGCCACAGAAGGUAAUUGCUGAAAGGGUUGGCCGUACUGUAUCGAGUGCUGUAUCAAAAUAUAUUCAUAGAAAGUUGACUGGAAGGAAAAAGUAUGGUUGGAAAAGGUGCACAAGCAACAGGGAUGACCACAGCCUUGAAAAACUUGACAUCAUGGGUCACCAUGCUCAGAUGUCUUCAGGAAAUGGGCUCUAGCUGUCACAUUCCUAGAACCAAGCCACUCCUGAACCAGAAAAUACCUCAGAAGCAUUUCACCUAAGGAGAUAACUAACUUGACUGUUGCUCAGUGGUCCAAUGCCCCAUUUCAAAUGAAAGUAAAUUUAUCUUUUCAUUUGGAAAUCAAGGUCUGGAUUCUGGAGGAAGACUGGAGAGGCACAGAAUCGAAAGUCCAGUGUGAAGUUUCUGAAGUCAGUGAUUUGGGUUGUCAUGACAUCUGCUGGUGCUGGUCCAUUGUGCUUUAUCAAGUCCAGAGUCAAUGCAGCCAUCUACAAGGAGAUCUGCUGACAAGCUUUAUGGAGAUGCUGAUUUCAUUUUGCGGCAGGAAUUUAGCACCUGCCUACAGUGCCAAAACCACUUCCAUGAUAUUACUGUGCUUGGUUGGCCAGCCAACAUGCCUGACCUGAACCUCACAGAGAAUCUAUGGUGUAUUAUGAAGAGGAAGAUAAGUAACAUCUGACAAACAAUACAGAGGAGCUGAAGGCUGCUAUCAAAGCAAUCUGGGCUUCAAUAAUGCCUCAGCAGUGACACAGGCUGAUCGCCUUCAUGCCACGCCACACUGAAGCAGUAAUAUAUGCAAAAGGAGCCACAACAAAGUAUUGAGUGCAUAAUUAAACCUGCUUUGGAGAUCUUGAACAGUUUUGUUUUGUAAAUCAUCUGAAAUCAAUGAUCUUUAAGAAAAUAUUCACAUUUUUUGAGAUACUGAAUUUUUAAUUUUCCUAAGCUGUAAAUCGUAACCAUCAGAAUAACAAUUUUUUUUUUUUUUUUAUAAAUAUAAAGUUCAUUUAUUAGAGCAACAUUUAUAGGAAAUAGAAAUCUUUAGCCAUUAUUAACGUCUUAACUGUAAGUAGUUUUGAUCAAUUAAAUGUGUCCUUGCUGAAUAAACGUAAACUUGAACCAAGCUAACUUUAUAAAUCCACUAUGAAUAAUAAUAACAGAGUUUGAUACAAAUACAUUAAAAAUACACUUCAAAAUAAAAUAUAUUGUCGAUCUUAACAAUCACGCUGCAAAGCCUCUUUCUAUUAAAAAUGUUGAUUUAUCAGUCGACUGGGAGAGGGUGUGGUCUUAACUUCUAAAAACUUGACUCAUCGUUUUAUCCAUUUCAAAGUUAUCUAUACAGCAUACAUAACUCCUUACAAGAGGUUUACAAUGAAAACUGCAAUCGAACUUUAACUGUCAUAUCUGUAACACUGUAUCAUCAGGUACUUUUCUCCACAUGUUUUGGGAAUGUCCAAUUGUUGUCAACCUAUGGACUCAUGUAAAUUCUGUUUUGUCGUUUUUACUUCAAAUUGAUUGCAUGCCUAAUCCAGGUUUAUGUCUUCUCAAUCUAAUACAUGUAUAAGUUACUUAAAGAAAAGAAUGCUGUUUGCUGGUUUUACAGCUGCAAGACAAUAAUACAAAACUGGUUUACUCAGCACAUGUGUGCAAAAAUAUAUAAAGGAAUGACCAUAACGCCUUUUUUUUUUGCUUGUUUUUUUUUUUUUUUUAGAUUGGAAAAUUAUUGACGUCUCCUGCUUUCCCUUUCCUGUUUUGUUUGUUUGAAUUUAUGUUGUUUUGUUAAAUAAAAAAAUUUAAAAAAUGUUUAUCACAAAAAAUAAAUGCUUGGUAGCUUUCAUUUGUACAUAACGAUUAAUAAAACUGCAGUUUUCU